AUGUCCGAAUCCUCCUCGACUCUAAAUACCGGCAAUAUGACCAAAUCCGAAAAACCAAAAGAGAAACAUCCUAUAUCACAACAUCUUCUGGUUUGGGAGGGUGAAAAAAACCCCCAACCAGACAUAAAUGGUUUAUUUAAAUCGCAUCUAGAUUGGAAAGUCCUCAGGUCGAUGUCAAAGAAAGAUAGAGAAGAGCGGGUGGUUCAAAGAGCCAACUUUUUCUAUCACUGCUUUCCACCACCAUUCACUUUUGGAAGAGACCUGUAUCAUACGAUAUACGAUUGUCGGAAAGCAGCUGCCAAAGUAAAUCUAUUAGGCAAGACAGGACCCGGCCGACCAGAAACAAUGCCAUUUGAUAUCUUGAAUCAUAGAUGCGCUAAACUUUCUAUGGACCAUACCCUUAGAGAGGGAAUGGUUGAGGAGCCUUUGAAGAAACUUACCCCAGUGAGAGUUGAGAACCAAUUCCAAGAGAUUAUCAAGAAGUUCAACGCAAGUGAGCUCCGUGAGCGACUUGACGACCUGUUUACCAAUUUGUGCCGAGAUGGAAAGUUUGACAAAAUCGUUGCUUUUGGAACUGGCGCAAUCUCUGUCGUUGCAUUUACAGAGACCAAUGUUGGCAUAAGAGAUAAGUGUCAGGUUCAACAUGCAAGUUUGUUGGCAAUUCGGCAAUUAUGGGAGAGUUUUCAUCAAGGGAAAAAACUCUCGAUCUACCUCCAGGAGCCUUUUUACACGAGCCAUUGCGUAGAAGUUGCCAAAAAGCACGAAAUGACCAUCCUGAACGGCGAUUUUGGCCACCAAAUGGGUUGGCUCAAAAUUGACGAAUCGACCUUGGUUAUGGAUUUCAACUGCAACUUCCCUGUUGCACGAUUUGUGUCUGAAAUCACUAGACCGGCGGCUCUAUACUUCAUGGGGGCGAUACAAGAGGAUUUUGAAAUGAUCCACGCUGAGGAGCGAGCAUACUCUUCCACAAUCAAAUUUUCUGAUGGGGGAGACGUUGAGAUUCCAGGCUUGGGAGCAACACAACCCACGUGGCCGUCAUUCAGUGAGGAGUACGAUGAAAAGUCAUUGAACAUCGAGGGCCUCACUGUUGGAAGUGAAUAUGAUCUUGUGGUUGCGGAUACCCAUCCUAUCCCACCCGGUGCGAGCUCCCGUCGAGCUCGAAUCCCCACUGUCAUGUCCAAAACUACUCUCGCAAUCAUCGCAGGUGUUUCUGCAGCCACUGGUGCCGGUAUAACCGCCGCCAUGUAUUCCACACGAUCAGAAAAGAAACUUCAAGCAGCAGCAAUCUCAACAGCUGCCAUAGCAUCAUCUACUUCUUCCGCGCAUUCGCCAGUACCCAUACCAGGCGGUAAAACGACAAUCAAAGAUAUAAUAGCACCAGUUGACCCCGCAGGUCUCUUUCAAUAUGGGUUUCCCGGUCCUGUCGCAGAUCUUGCAACACGAAACGCUUUAGUAUCAUCCUUUGAUCGAAGACUUCGAAAUCCUUCAUGGGUCGCAGAACACAUAACACCCGCAUCUCUCGCCCUGUCAAAUGGCGAUCGCAAACACUCCUACUUUGUUGAAGAUCCAUCUGUGCCCGAAAAAUUCCGCGGCAAAUUAAAAGAUUAUUUUCGCUCUGGCUACGAUCGCGGUCAUCAAGUCCCCGCCGCAGACGCAAAAUGGAGUCAAGAUGCCAUGAACGAUACCUUUUUCCUCACAAACAUGUGUCCGCAAGUAGGAGAGGGUUUCAACCGCGAUUACUGGGCGCAUUUUGAAGAUUUCUGCCGCAGACUCACGACGCGAUAUCCGAGUGUGAGGGUUGUGACUGGUCCUUUAUAUUUACCGAAACGGGAUCCGGCAGAUGGGAAAUGGAGGGUUACCUAUGAAGUUAUUGGGAAUCCGCCAAAUAUCGCUGUACCGACACAUUUCUACAAGGUCAUAUUUGCCGAAGAUGGUACCACAGCGGGUCCCGUAGCAGUCGGUGCAUUCGUACUGCCCAACGCGAGGAUUCCAAACGAGAAGCCGUUGACAGAUUUCGAGGUACCGGUUGAGAUGGUGGAGAGGGCUAGUGGGUUGGAAUUUAUGACCAAGUUGCCGGUGCAGAGGAGGAAGAAAUUAUGUGAUGAUAUGAUAUGUUCUCUAGUGAUCAAAGACUACUCGGAUAGACAGAAGGCGUUUGCGAAGGGUGGUCAGGGUAAACAAGCUCAAGCACCUACAAGGACGAGCCCGAGAAAUUCUUCUUGA